AUGCAAGCCUUGAGAGGCGAAGCAAGAGCCUUGAGAGGCGAUGCAAGAGCCUUGAGAGGCGAAGCAAGAGCCUUAGAGGCGAUGCAAGCCUUGAGAGGCGAAACAAGAGCCUUGAGAGGCGAAGGAAGGCUUGAAAGCUGUCAAAGAUUUAUUGUUCCGUUUGGUUCAUGUAAGCCUAAGAUAAUACAUCGCGAUAUAAAGGCUGCAAAUAUUCUCAUUGGCGAUAGCUAUGAGGCAAAGGUAGCAGAUUAUGGGCUCACUCGGUCUACUUUGGACUCUGAUUCCCAUAUUUCAACUCGUAUUAUGGGAACAUUCGGGUACUUGACUCCUGAUUAUGCUACUUUUGGACAACUCAGUGAAAAGGCAGACGUGUUGUCCUUCAGAGUGGUGCUGCUCGAGUUGAUAACCGGACGCAAGCCUCUGGCAAAGCCUCUGAUUGUACAAUCUCUAAAGGAUGGCAACUUUGAUGGUCUUGUUGACCCGCGGUUAGCGGAUAGCUUGGAUGCCAACGAAAUGAUGAGAAUGGUUUCUUGUGCUGCUGCUAGUGUCCGUACUUCAGCGAAACACCGCCCAAAAAUGAACCAGAUAGUUCGAGCUUUUGAAGGAAAUUUGUCUCUGGAUGACCUAAAUUAA